AUCAAAUAAAAAGAUAAAGAUUUUAUCAAUAAAGGGUGUUGCAGACAUAUUUCGUAAUGUAAUACAUAUGCAAAGACGCCUACGUCACUAAUAGAUUUGAAAGUCUAAAUAAAUUAAAAUAAAAAAUAAUAAUAAUUAAAAAUACUAAAGAACGUGCAGACUUCGACUCUAGCGCUUACAAUGUGAGUAAUAAAGUUGAUAUAAAAUUAUAUUUGGUUUAUAUUGCCUUUUAUUUUUAAAUGCGCAAACAGGAAGUUACGCGGAGAACGUCAUUAUAACCAGGAAGUUCCAACAUAGUUGACCAAGCUAACCAGACGUUUUUUCGGUAGCUAAUAACCCUCGUAGUUAAAAAAAAAAACAUUUAAACAUAGUGCAGUGCUCGUUUUUGUGUUGUAGAGUUUGAUUUUAUUCAAGAACCACCGGAAACGUGUAAUUGUAACAUAGGUAUUGGCAAGAACUUAUUAUUAUAUGUUUUAGCAAGUGAGCUAGCUAGCAGGCUAACAGCCAGUUAAGGUUGUUUUGAUUAUAAACGUGAACAGCUACGUUACAUAGACAAUGUCUGGUAUCUGCUUUUGGUAACAAAGUCGUACAAGGACAGUUUUAGUUGCUCGACACAGUGUUUGUAAAGACGUAAUUUAUGUGGUUGACCAUAAAACAGCGACGUGAUGUAAAUUGUUUGUAAUGUAUCCGCUAGCUGGUUAGCUAAAAUAACGUCAAACGGUAAAAAAGCAUCGCAGGGUCCCGUCAGUUUAGUCCCUCGGUGGACAUCUGGUGAGCUUUUAAGCUCUCCUUGAGCCGGAUCCAAUGCGUGGAAUGAUGGGGACCCAGAGCAGCCCAGUCAAGAGUUACGAUUAUCUUCUGAAAUUUCUUCUGGUGGGAGACAGCGAUGUUGGAAAGGGAGAAAUCUUGGAAAGCUUGCAAGACGGAUCAGUAGAGUCGCCUUAUGCCUACAGCAGUGGGAUUGAUUACAAAACAACUACGAUUUUGCUCGAUGGACGAAGAGUGAAACUCGAAUUAUGGGACACAUCAGGGCAGGGUAGAUUCUGCACAAUCUUCAGAUCGUACUCUCGUGGAGCACAGGGCAUCCUACUUGUUUACGACAUCACUAACGGUUGGUCAUUUGAUGGCAUUGAUCGAUGGAUCCGGGAAAUUGACGAGCAUGCCCCAGGUGUACCCAGGAUCUUAGUAGGCAACAGACUCCACCUGGCUUUCAAGCGGCAGGUGCCAACUGAGCAAGCGAGGGCUUAUGCAGAGAAGAACAGCAUGACUUUCUUUGAGGUCAGUCCACUGUGCAACUUUAACGUCAUCGAGUCCUUCACAGAGCUCUCACGCAUCGUGCUGAUGAGACAUGGGAUGGAGAAAUUCUGGAGGCCAAACAGAGUGUUCAGUCUCCAGGAUCUGUGCUGCCGCUCCAUCGUCUCCUGUACGCCUGUUCACCUUAUUGACAAACUGCCUCUCCCUGUGGCCAUCAAGUCCCACCUCAAGUCUUUCUCCAUGGCAAAUGGCAUGAAUGCAGUUAUGAUGCAUGGACGCUCCUACUCAGUGGCCAACAGUGCAGCAACAGGUGGAGGCAGUGGAAGUAAAGCAAACAGUCUCAAACGAUCAAAGUCCUUCAGGCCUCCACAGAGUCCUCCAAAGAACUCAUCGUCAUCCUCUAAAGGGAACUGUAAGAUUUCAUAGUGAAGGUGUUGGCUUAUGGUUUCCCUCAUAGAGCCAGGAUUAAAGGUGUUAUUACUCCAAGAGGUCAUAGGGCAACUGAGCAGCAUGGAGAGCCAACAAGAAUCUUCACCAGAGGUGGGAACAGCCGUGAACUGACACUGACCUUUGGAACUGACUUGGGUGGUUGGGUUGGUAUCUAAUCUCCUUGCGCUUGCUGGUGCCAUCUUGUGGAUGUCUGUUUACCUGUACUCUUUACUACAGAGGCUCACUGUGAUCAAGUAAUACAUGAUUUCCCUGGGACCAACAGAUGUGAAUUGAGGUUCUCCUGAUAACACUACAAUGAGUGGAGGAACAUUAGCUAACUUGUAUUUGGAAAUGGGUAAUUAAUGUAUUUAAAUGUGUAAAUAAGCAUUGUGUGCUCCAUGUCUUAGUCUAUGUCUGGUAAUCAAGCUCAGAGAAGGGCUUCUUAUGCUUGUUAUGUCUUGAAUGUUUGGGAGACGUGCUGUAGUGUACAACGAAUUUGUGUCUUAUACUCUUUUGUAUAAAUUCCUCUUUGUUACCUCAAGGGUGCUGAGCUACUUACUUAAAAGUCACAUUACUUUUAAAUAAAGUUGGCUCGAAUUGAAUGUCAUUACAAGAGUAGGAUUGGUUUUCUAAGCAGAUUUGUGCUAGACUUUAGGAAUGUUCAGAACGAUUUUUAUGACAAAAAAAAAAAAAAUUCUCUAGCACUACUUGAUCUGUGAAACUGUCCAGAAAAGUUGAGCCAAGUACUGAUGUUUUUAGACAUCCUGCAGUGCCCUUAAAACCCAGCUCUAAAUGACUUUACCCUCCAUCACCAUCAGUCUUUGGCUUUGACAUCUGUUUACUUUCUCAGGCCAUUUAUGCCUCUUAAUCUAAUAUCCUCAGUUGUAUUAUUGCUUUAACCAUCAACAGGAUCAAUUUAAAUGUCCUCCCUCUCUGGUAGUUCAGAGAUUGCUUGGUGCUGCUGAGGAAACUUUUUACAAACUGAUGUACAGAUUGCUCAGUCACAGCGUCAGUGCUGAUGUGUCUUGGUUCUUUACAGGAAUAAAUAAACUGUGGUAAGAGGAGUCUUUUAAUUUGAUGUUUUGGGAUAUGUUAUGUAUUUGCUACGUAUUUAUGAAUGUAAAACAAUAUUCAUUCUGUGGCCAUGUGGUAAAAAUGUGGAAUUGAAAGAAACUAAGGUUUGAAAGCCAUUGGGUACAUCUGCUGCUUUGAUAUCAUUAUAAGCAUUGCAUAUUGUUGGAGUAUGUGUAAUUUUAUACUAAAGCUAUUUCUUUUUCUCCAUGUGGCAUGAAGGGCUUUUUGCAAGAGAAAAUUUUAAAUGGAUAUUGGGUUAACAGUAAUGAACCUUGUUCUGACAGAUGAAAUAUCUCUGAAAUUUCAUAGGAAGUUAUGUCUGAUCAAUAAAAACUUAAUUCAAAAAUAUAGAAAGUGUACAGAAACACCUUUUCCUUCAUAAAUGCUGCCUUUCUUUCCACCUCUGAUAACCAAGUUCUGUACUUUGACUAACAUUCCCUGUAUUACGGCUGUGUGUCAGUGAUGAGGCCAUUAAGGACAAAAAAGUUGGUGCGUGUUUUCUUAUGGGGCCAGUUUUCUGUGAUGCAUCAAGAGCAGUUUUGAAGACAGAACUUAGAAAGCACUAUUUUGAGCUUUGAGUAAAGGUGUUAUCAGAACUUUGUGUCUAUAGGUUUGGAUACGGGAUUAGUUCUAACCUUGUCAACAGUCAUCGAUCAAAAUAAAAAAGUGAAAC